ACCAACCAUCAGACUGGAUUGAUUCACUUCUGCUCACUCGGGCGACAAGGAUUGGAGGCCAUAGGUGGGAACCAGAGAGCAAAAAGUUCACUUCACACCACAGUGUGCCAAGAGAAGGGGAACACAAAUACUCUGGAGCUCUUACUGUGUGCUGACAGUCAACCAUGGGUGACUGGAGCUUUUUGGGCAACAUCCUCGAGGAAGUAAAUGAGCAUUCGACGGUAAUCGGUAGGGUGUGGCUCACGGUCCUCUUCAUCUUCCGAAUCCUCAUCCUGGGCACGGCCGCGGAGUUCGUGUGGGGCGACGAGCAAUCGGAUUACGUGUGCAACACGCAGCAGCCGGGUUGCGAGAACGUUUGCUACGACGAGGCCUUCCCCAUCUCGCACAUUCGUCUGUGGGUGCUCCAGAUCAUCUUCGUUUCCACGCCUUCUUUGGUGUACGUGGGCCAUGCUGUCCACCAUGUACACAUGGAGGAGAAGCGAAAGGAACGGGAGGAGGCUGAGCUCAACAGGCAGCAAGAGAUAAAUGAGGAGAGGCUGCCGAUCGCGCCCGAUCAGGGAAGCGUCCGUACGGCCAAGGAGACGAGCACGAAGGGCAGCAAGAAGUUCCGUCUGGAGGGCACUCUCUUGAGGACCUAUAUCUGCCACAUUAUCUUCAAGACUCUCUUUGAGGUAGGCUUUGUGGUGGGCCAGUAUUUCUUGUACGGCUUCCGAAUCCUGCCGCUCUACAAGUGCAGCCGCUGGCCGUGCCCAAACACAGUCGACUGUUUUGUCUCGAGGCCUACGGAGAAAACCGUGUUCAUUAUCUUUAUGUUAGCUGUGGCCUGCGUCUCGCUUUUCCUCAACUUUGUGGAAAUCAGCCAUUUGGGCCUGAAAAAGAUCCACUUUGUGUUCCGGAAACCAGUGCGGCCGCAAGUUGAGGGUCCAGGGGCGGCCGAGAAGGCCUUGCCUUCCAUAGCUUCCUCCUCGAUCCAGAAAGCCAAAGGCUACAAGUUGCUGGAGGAGGACAGAGCCACGUCGCACUUCUUCCCCUUGACUGAGGUAGGGGGAAUGGAGGCCGGCCGGCUUCCGGUUCCGUACAAGCCAUUUGAGGAGAAAACGGACGAGUCGACCGCACCUAAGAAAGACAUGUCUAAGGUGUAUGACGAAACUCUGCCUUCCUACGCCCAGACAACUGUGAUAGGGCCAAGCGCGGCGGCAGGAGUUGUACGCAGGGAUGAAUACGAGGACGAGUUGGCCGUUGAAGCAGAUGUGGAAGCCAGCGAGACGAUAGAAGACACGCGGCCGCUCAGCAGCCUGAGCAAGGCCAGCAGUCGGGCAAGGUCAGAUGACUUGACGGUAUAAAUAAUA